AGCUCAGUUGGUAGAGCGGUGGACUGUAGAGCGAUUGACAGAAAAGUAGACAUCCAUAGGUCGCUGGUUCAAAUCCGGCUCGAAGGAUCAUAACUUUUUCUUUCUAUUUUUUCCGAUUGACUGUGCUAAAAAAACAUCUAAAAAUAUAUAGUCAAUAUAACAGGGUCCGUUUUCUUAACUUUUUCAUGAAUACUUUGACAGGUGAAUACUAAAAAAAAGCAUAGAAUUGCCGGCUAUACGCGACUCAUGUCGGAGGUCUCUUCCCCGAAAUUCUGUCCCGCGAUACAAUAAAAACCUAAGAAUAUGACACUUUUCGAUGACUUUUGCAAGAGCCUCAACGAGGAACUGCAGCGGGAGAAUUUCGGCUUCGCAUACAAAGGCGUAGAUUUGUUCUACCGAUCGCAGUGGCAAAAGGGUGUCACCAACGCACUCUACCUGCUGUAUCGAUGGAUAUGGGCCCUGUUCUUCCUGGGCGUCCAUAUCAUGUGCAUUAUUAUGCAGUUCUGCGGUGGGAAGUUCUUCAUUUACAUGACCAACUGGGGAUAUGGUCUGUGCACCAUCACCAUGCUCCUUGCCGCAGUGCAGGUCACCUGUUGGCACUACGAUCUGAGGAAUACCCGGAGUGUAGUGCAGGAGUCAGGCAACAAAACGGAGACCACGAGGGGACUGAAAGUCUACUGGUGGCUGUACAAUAUGACCAUAACGAUGGCAUUGAGCAUCUCCACAGUGUACUGGGUCUUCCUGCAUGGCAAGAUGAAUAAACCCAUGCGUUUUCCGGUUACUAACGUUAUUACCCAUGGACUGAACAUGGUGAUGAUGCUGAUCGACUUCCUGGUCGUGGCAUUUCCACUGAGGCUCCUUCAUGUGGUCUACAGCAUAGCUUUGGCAAUUCUGUUCUUUGUCUUCACCCUCAUCUAUCAUUUCUGUGGGGGCACAGAUGAACAUGGCAAUCCCUAUGUGUAUCCCAUAUUGGAUUGGAACAAUCCCACUAGCUGUCUGGUCACAUUUGCGGGCAUCUUUGUGCUUAUCGUAUGCUACUGGUUCCUGCUCUUCGGCCUCUAUAAGCUGAAGAGAAUGUUCAAUAAAGCCUCCAGUUCGGUGUAGAAACCGCAACCGCACCCAUAUGAAG